AACUAGUCAUAUUAACCUCAUCUUUCAUCCUUCAAUCAAUCCUCUCCUGUUAACCACCGCUUUCCAUCAUUGUCGCCGCCACCACAACGCCGCUAUUUUUCCUGAUAUAUAACAUCAGACAAAAACACCCACAAGCCAUAUAUGUCUCUCAGGGUGAAACCAUCAUCAGCUGCUGCACCAGCUGUGUCAACAGCUUCAUCCGACAGCGAUGAUGAGGUGCAAAGCCCGGAACUACUGCCACCACCACCACCAUCACCAACACCACAAGCACAAUCCACUCUAUCACAGCGCGCUCUCUCUCAGACGCUAUCAAGCACGGCUCAACUAGCCAACCUUCUUCCCACAGGCAGCCUCUUGGCCCUCCAACUCUUGACUCCAAUCUUCACAAACAAUGGCUCAUGUGACGCAGCCACGCGUCCCCUCACCUUUCUCCUUCUCCUUCUCCUGGCUUCCUCUUGCUUCCUUGCCAGCUUCACUGACAGCUUCAAAGCAUCCAACGGUCAGGUCUACUACGGGUUCGCCACCUUCAAAGGCAUGUGGCUUUUCGAUUAUCAGGCUGCCGAUGUUCCAGACCUCAAAAGGUACAAGCUGGGGUUCAUUGAUUGGAUUCAUGCCGUUUCAUCGGUGCUGGUAUUUGUUGUUUUAGCUUUGAGGGACAAGAAUGUGGUGACUUGUUUUUAUCCACAGCCAUCCCAUGAAGCUCAGGAGGUUUUGAAUAUUGUUCCUAUAGGAAUCGGAUUUAUCUGUAGUUUGUUGUUUAUGGUAUUUCCUACUAGAAGGCAUGGUAUCGGCUACCCAGUAUCACAUAGCAAUUAAUUUCAUUUUCUUCUUUUCCUCCCUA